CUCAGAUAUCUCCACAACUACAGAUCGGGGAUCUUCCAAAAUCGAGAAGAUUGGUGCAUACGGCUAGGUCUCUUCACCUUACAAUUUGUAUGGCAAUUUGGCCCGGGGUUGUGGUGUGGUAGGGGAGAAUGGGGGAUAAUCCCACGCAGGAGUUCCGAACGACAUCUGGUUCACGUUUGGCUGGAUAACUCCACCACCACACGGGGUAUGCGGUCGGCGAUGGGGUCAAAAUGCUCGUAUGAUCGAGGGCUUUUCGAUGGAUCUAUCGGCGGGUUCUUAUUCGAAAAAUCGAGCGAGUUCGUGGUGGAGCGGUUGGAUAG